GCCGCCUCGCCCGGAAGUGGCCGCCGUGGCCGUUGGAGCCCGGGCGGUUGCUAAGCGAUGGCUCCGGUGUCUCGCUCGCGGAGCCCGGUGGAGUCUCCGUCCUCCCGGCGGGGGCGGGCCACCGGGUCGGCCAGCCCUUCUCCGCCCCGGCCCAGCCGGAGCAGGCGGUCCUCCUCGCGCUCGAGGUCUCGGUCCCGCGAGCGCGGCGGGCCCCGGCAGCGGCCUGGGCCCCCGCACUACGGUGGCCACCGAUACGGGCCCGAGCAUUACGGCAAGGAGCAAGAGGAGUCGCUGCGACAGAGGCGAUUAAAUGAGAGAGAAAGAAUAGGUGAAUUAGGAGCACCGGAAGUCUGGGGAUUGUCACCAAAAGUUCCUGACCCAGAUUCUGAUGAACAUACCCCUGCAGAAGAUGAAGAUGGGACAUCUAAAAAGAGCAGCUCCUCUGAUUCCAGUUCAGAAGAGGAGGAAAAGAAAAAGAAGAAAAAGAAGAAGAGGAGAAAAGCUGCUUCACGUAAGUUUAAUGUUCACAAUCUGAAAUUAACCUCAUCUAACAUUUCAGGUGAGGGAGAAAAGAAGAGAGCCAAGAAAAAGAAGAAGAAGCACAGAAAAAAAAAGUCCAAGAAGAAAAAGAGUAAGAAGAGCAGGAAGGACUCCAGUGAGUCAAGCAGUGAAGAUUCUGACAAUGAAACUCUGCAGGAGGAUGAUCUGUGGAUUGAAAGAUCAAAAAAUGCAGAUGCAGUGGAUUUCAUUGGACCAGAAGCGCCCAUUACCCAUGCCUCUCAAGAUGACCGGCCCUUGAACUACGGACAUGCUUUGCUACCUGGUGAAGGGGCUGCCAUGGCUGAGUAUGUAAAAGCUGGAAAACGCAUCCCAAGAAGAGGUGAAAUUGGCCUUACCAGUGAAGAGAUUGCAUCAUUUGAGAAGUCCGGCUAUGUAAUGAGUGGCAGCAGACACCGGCGAAUGGAAGCUGUGCGUCUGCGCAAAGAGAACCAGAUCUACAGCGCAGACGAGAAGAGAGCCCUGGCAUCUUUCAACCAGGAGGAGAGACGGAAGAGGGAAAACAAGAUCCUGGCAAGCUUCCGUGAGAUGGUCUACAGAAAAACCAAGGGCAAAGAUGAAAAGUGAACUGCUUGCUCUUCUUGUACGUGACAGAUUGGAACUGUUGCCAGCGAACCCCGCCUGAUCAUAGCAGUUGGGAAAUGGGUGUGUCCAGUAUUGCAGCCCUGCUUGCUGGGCCUGUUGCUGCCUGAAUGUUGGGAGACAGUUCAUGGGUAUUAUAACAAUGCAGGCAGGUUUUGUGCCCUAGUCACAGGGCAUUGCCAGUAGCAGACGUAUACAGGCCUAAACGAAGUAAGGGAGGUAUUAAGUGCAGCAGGCCAUCACGCGAAUUAUACCCAAACAUUGCCAGCAAUUAUUUGCAAUGCUGCCAUCUGUUAAUCUAAUAAAGCAUCUUAAAAUGAGCCAUGAAUUGAAAAGCUAAUUGCAGAUAGUUAAAAAGGGGACUUCCGUGACCAAAACCUGGGAUUUUAUUAAGGUUACUCUGUUCUACAUUCUUAGAUAAGGGAAUGUUGAGCCAACAGUGGAAGACAGAAUGCAUUGAAGGUAACUCACUGGACUGGAGAUUGAAGCAAAGGAAUGUCCCAGUUACUUGGUGUGCCCAACACUGGGUACAAAACAAGAUAGAACUGCCUUUGGUACUGGAUGCCACCUUUUAACUUUCUUGCCCAGAGUAGAUGCAUUUUUUUGUUUGUGAGCUUUUAAUUUCUCCUUCAUUUUUAAUAGUACAAACUGGCUUAGAUCAUCUUUUUUGGGUUUUGUUCAGACACCUUGUAAAUAGUUAGAUCAUGUCACAUAGCACAGAUUUAACUGCAUUGUUUUUAAUUUCUGUCUGUUUAGCAAUAUGUCAAAAAGAACUGCUUGAAGAAUGUAAACAUCUUCAUGCUAAAUGGUGUUUCACUGGAAUGGAUUGGGCAUAUCUCUAUAAGCUGUGGAGGGGUGACAGUUUUAUGUGGCAGUUGCCCGUGUCAUUCACUGGGAAUUGUGAGCCCCUUUCCAGAAGCUUUAAGAACCACCCAGCAAGCCAAAGGUGCUUUGACAAAACAUAGGAAGCUGCAAUCUGAAAGAAGGGGAGAGAAAACCCCAAACAAAGCAGGAAGAUCCUGUAUAUGUGUGAGUAUAUGGGGGUGGGAACUUUAUCUGGUACAUUGUGACUACCCCUUUCUUACAUAAUUCCAAUAAUUCUGGGGGAAUAUUUAAUACAAUUAAAGUGUUCACCUGGAUGCA